UUGGGGAUGAUAGAUACUUUUUAAGGACCUGAGUUCCUCCACAACAACUCCAGACUGGAAGACACUUCAGGGUCAGCUCACUUUGAGGGGAGGGCAUUCAGGACGCCCUCCUUAAGGCUUUCCCUCAACCCAUGGCGCUACCCGGCUCCUCACAGGACCAGGCCUGGAGCUUGGAGCCUCCGGCUCCUACAGCCGCUGCCUCCUCGUCUUCGGGACCUCAGGAGCGGGGGGACGCUGGAAGCCCAGUAGUCUCCGGGGGGCUUCCCUUGGAGAAGGUGAAGCGGCCCAUGAACGCGUUCAUGGUGUGGAGCUCCGCUCAGCGCCGCCAGAUGGCGCAGCAGAACCCAAAGAUGCACAACUCGGAAAUCUCUAAGCGUCUGGGCGCGCAGUGGAAGCUGCUGAGCGAGGACGAGAAGCGGCCCUUCGUGGAGGAGGCCAAGCGGCUCCGCGCCCGACACCUGCGCGACUACCCCGACUACAAGUAUAGGCCUCGGCGCAAGGCCAAGACCUCAGGCGCCGGGCCGUCCCACUUCAGCCAGGGAAGAGGCAGUCUUGCCGGCGGCGGCCCACUCUGGGAACCGGGGUGCGCGACCACCCAGGCGAGCAGAGGCUUCGGAUAUAGACCCCCCAACUACUCGACAGCGUACCUGCCCGGCAGCUAUGGUGCUUCCCACUGCAAACCGGAUGCCCCAUCACCAUGUUCCCUCCCUCAGAGUGACCCUAGGCUCCAGGGAGAGCUGCUCCCCUCCUACAGCUCCUACCUGCCCCCAGGCUCUCCCACUCCCUAUAGUCCUCCCCUCUCUGGUGCCCCCAUGCCCCUCACCCACCUCUAACGCUUAUGGACAAAGACCUCCGGAAAUGCAUCAUUCUUU